AGUGAUUUAAAAAUAUGAGGUUAUGUAUACGUAGUAAAUUUCGGCAUUCCUUGUGUAUGUUUUCCUCUUGUGUAUUAGAAAACCUAUUAAAGAAAACAAACAUUUGAGAUAUAACGAUUAUAAUCAUUUUGUAAAUAAAACGUGCUAAAUGUUUCAUACAAUGAAAGAAAAUGUAGAUAUUCUAAAAAAAGGCACUACAAUUAUAACUACCAAACCUUUUUCUUUUGUUCUAAGUUCGAAUCAAAGAACUACUCGAUGCGAUAAUUGUUUGAAAAAUGGAAAACUUUUCAAGUGUUCUGUUUGUCAAUACGUAUAUUAUUGCAAUCGUAAUUGUCAAAAGGAAGCUUGGUCAAUACAUAAAAUAGAAUGUCCAAAUUUAAAAAGAAUAUCACCCAAAACAAUACCCGAUGCAGCAAGAUUUAUGGCUCGUAUAAUUAUAAAACUUCAUCGAGGUGGAGGAGACGAAAUGGGAUAUUAUUCUGAAACAAAUUAUAGAAAAUUUAAAGAUCUUAUGUCUCAUUACUCUGAUAUUAAAAAAGAUGCCAAACGAAUGGAACAUUUUAUUUCGUUAUGCGCAGUUCUAUUUGCAUUUCUUCAAAACAUACCAUUACCAAAUUCUGCAGAGUUAAUGGGUAUUUAUGGUAGAAUAUGUAUCAAUUCCUUUAAUAUAUUAGAUUUAGAUAUGAAUAGUAUUGGAACUGGCAUUUAUCUGGCACCGUCUGUAAUUGAUCACAGCUGCAAACCUAAUGCUGUAGCUGUAUUUGAAGGAACUACAAUUAUUAUAAGAACACUUGAAGAUCUUCCAUGUUUAAAUUGGUCACAGAUAAAGAUAUCAUAUAUCGACAUUCUCAGUUCAACUAAAGAUAGACGUGAAGAAUUAAAGAAUUCAUACUAUUUUUUGUGUGAUUGCCAAAGAUGCAUUCAGCCAGAGCCAACGGCAAGAGCUGCUGCUUGUCCAAAAAUUUCUUGUACAUAUCCAAAUUCUUCCGAUGCUACAGAAUGUAAAAAAUGUAAUGAGAAAUUUCCGCCAAAUUUUAAAGAAACAUUUGACGAAGUUACGGAAUUCUCUGCCCAUCAUUUACAAGAUAUGAAAAAUAUGGCUUACCUUGAUGUGAGUAAAAUAUGCCUAAGAAAACAGGAAGGUGUUCUACAUGCAUUAAAUAUCCAAUAUGUACGUACUUUAGAAGCAGCAUUCGACGCAUCUGUACGUUUAUUUUCAUGGGAAGAAGCAGAGGAAUACGGACAAAGACUUAUACCAGGAUAUUUAUUAUAUUAUGGAGAAAGAUAUCCUUUAACGGGAUUAUUAUAUCUUAUGAUAGGAAGAGUUCAAUUAUAUCUGAAUAAAGCAAAGCUAGCUUAUGAUGCAUUAAGAAAAGCGCACUCUCUAUUGACAAUAACACACGGGGAAAGAAGUACUUUAAUGACAGAAAAUUUGAAACCUCUCUUAUACAAAGCCAUGAAUGCUGUUAGAAACUUAUAGGUUUAAUCACUAAUUAUUUAGUAAAGUAUUUAGUAAUAAUAAUCUGUUAAUUUUUUUAAAUAAUAAAGUACUUUAUAUGAACAAAUAACAAA